AGUCCCAGGAUUUCUUUUACUGUUGAUCCACGCAGGUAUGAGAGUUUCGUCAACGUGUUGACAAAUACUUGUUUCUUGACUUAUCCAAGCAAAGGACUUAUAGGAGAUGCCUCAUGCCAGUGUGGGGAGCAGCGAAUUUGACUGAGCUCUGAUUAGAGGCUGUUUUGGAUCUUGGCAUCUUUGGUCCAAUAGGAACAUGGAUCUCGCACCACCAUUGAGCUCUGGCUGUAACGUGAUGGAAGCACUCCGGGUUGAUCUGGGACUGCAGGUGAAAGAAGAAGACAUGAAAGAGGAGGAAUAUGGUCACAUGGUUGCAUGUCCAGAUGAAGAAGAAAAGCCCUUUGCAGAGCUUCACUGCAAAACGGAAACAGAUGAAACACCGACAGUGGCGGAGAUUGAAGUGAAGAUUGAAGAAGAUGAUAAUCAAGAGCACGAUAAUCUGCUGGAAAACGUGAGUGACAAAAUGGCCACGACAGAGGAGGAUUUUGACAGCGAGGGCAGUGACAUUGAGUUGGAAGACAGUGAGGAGUUUAUGUUUGAGAGGGAGGAGGUGGUAGAGGAUGGUUAUGAUGAAAACAUGCUGGAUGAUCCUUUGGAAAGAGCACAGGAGUGGGAUUUGUGGGAAACCGAAGGAGAGGAGGAGGGACUCAAGGUAGACGGGAGAACCGAGGGUUACCAGCCGCGCAAGGCGAAGCAGUUCACCCGCAAACCGGGGGUGAAACAGCCGAUCCCCGCGGACGCUAGCCCCCUGGAUGUCUUCUCGUGUAUUUUUACCGAUGAGCUUUGGGACAUGUUGGUGACGGAAACUAAUCGGUACGCCGAACAGAUGCGCGGUCAGACCCCCGCCAACUCGAAAUGGAGCCCUGUCUCCAAAACAGAGAUGAAGACAUUUGUCGGACUGUGUCUCGCCUUCGGUAUUUUGAAGCUGCCAACACGCAAGGAUUUCUGGAGGCAGACAAAAUGGCUGUACCAGACCAACGUCCCCAAGGCCAUGGCAAGGGACCGCUUCAACAUGAUCUGGAGGUCAAAAACAUUACAAGGAGUGACUGAACACCGUGCUGAGGAGGGACUUCCAUCUCCACCAAGAGCCGGGCCUAGCGGAGUGGGUGGUAGGCCGAGUCGCGCUUGCAAGAGGGCACGCCUUUGCCAGAGUGCCGAAUAUGUCGGUGAUAGUGGCACAGACGUUACCGACCAAGAGGAGGAGGAAUUAAGGAGCCCAACUCGAUCAUCAGCAGCAGCCUCAGACAGCGAGUCCGACUUCGGAGAAGUGCCAGGAGAGUACACAUUUAGAGCCAUCACCCCUUCGAACUUGGAACUGGAUGUGACGGGAGAAAUGGAAGAGCCAGAGAUGGAAAUGACAGAACCAGAGAACCAGCCUUCGAAACCGAGGGGUCGACAAAUGAAAAGGGGUAGAAGUGCUGGUGCCAGACAGGGACACGCAGCAAGCCAGUCAGAGCGUGGUGGCAUCCAGGAGGAGUGGAAACGAGAGGACUGGAGGCCGCGAGACGUACCCUUCACAGCCACCCCAGGACCACGAGGUCUAUCAGAACACCCACAUGUAACGCAACAGAAGAUCCAUGGACAGAACGAUGAACUCAACCUGCAACUCAAAGGAAGGCUGCACCACUGCACGGUCUGCAGGAAGAGUUUUACGACCCUGAGAGAACUCAAGAAACACCAGCAAACACACACUGUUAGGGUGAAUGAAAAGGAGAAGUCUCAUUGUGAAAAAGCAUUUACAACAUCCUCACUAGUUAACCAGCACAUGCUUACACACACUGCAGAGAAGCCUCAUCAAUGUGCCCAGUGUGGAAAAGGUUUUUCACAUAGUUCAACUCUUAAAAACCACAUGCUGAUACACACUGUAGAGAAGCCUCAUCAAUGUUCCCAGUGUGGAAAAGGUUUUUCACACGGCUCAAGUCUUUCACGCCACAUGCUUGUACACAAAGGAGUCAGGCCUAGUAAAAGAGACACUGGAGAGAGGCCUCAUAAUUGUGUCCAGUGCGGGAAAUCAUUUAGAACAUCCCAACAUCUUCAACGCCACAUGCUUGUACACAAAGGAGAGAAGUCUCAUAAAAGGUAUCAUAAAUGUUCCCAGUGUGGAAUAUCAUUUACAACAUCCCAAGAUCUUCAAAGCCACAUGCUUACACACUCUGAGGAGAAGCCUCAUAAAUGUACCCAGUGUGGAAAAACUUUUUCACAAAUUUCAAAUCUUAACACCCACAUGCGAAUACACACUGGAGAGAAGCCUCAUAAAUGUACCCAGUGUGGAAAAGCUUUUAUAACCUCCACAGAUGUCAAACGCCACAUGCUUAUACAUACGGGAGAAAAGCCUUAUGAAUGUGUCCAGUGUGGAAAUGCUUUUUCACAACUGUCAACUCUUAGGAGCCAUAUGCUAAGACACCGUACAGGGAAGCCUCAUGAAUGUGCCCAGUGUGGAAAAGUAUUUAUAACCUCUACAGAUCUCAAAUUCCACAUGUUUACACAUACUGGAGAAAAGCCUUAUGAAUGUGUCCAGUGUGGAAAAGCUUUUUUACAAAAGUCAUCUCUUAAGAGCCAUAUGCUAAGACACCGUACAGCGAAGCCUCACAAAUGUGCCCAGUGUGGAAGAGCAUUUGACAGAUCUACAGAUCUUAAACGCCACAUGCUUAGACAUACUGGAGAGAAGGCUCAUAUAUGUGUCCAGUGUGGGAACGCCUUUGUAUACAUGUUCACACUUAAAAGACACAUGCGAAUUCAUAGUAAUGAGAAGCCUCAUAAAUGUGUCCAGUGUGGAAACGGUUUUUCACUAAUUUCACAUCUUAAAAGCCAUAUGCUAAUGCACACUGGAGGUAAGCCUCAUAAAUGUGUCCAGUGUGGAAAGAGUUUUUCACAAAUUUCAUGUCUUAAAAAACACAUGCUGAUACACACUGGAGAGAAGCCUCAUAAAUGUGCCCAGUGCGGAAAAGCUUUUUCACAGAUUUCAAAUCUGAAGACCCACAUGCGAAUUCACACUGGAGAGAAGCCUCAUAAAUGUGCCCAGUGUGGAAAAGCAUUUAUAACCUCCACAGAUCUCAAUCGUCACAUGCUUACACAUACUGGAGAAAAGCCUUACAAAUGUGUUCAGUGUGGAAAAGCUUUUUCACAAAUGUCAACUCUUAAAUGCCAUAUGCUAAGACACCCUACAGAGAAGCCUCACAAAUGUGCCCCGUGUGGAAAAGCUUUUACACGCUUCUCAACUCUUAAAAAACACAUGCUCAGACACUCUAUAGAGAAGCCUCACAAAUGUGCCCAAUGUGGAAAAGUCUUUUCUAAUGGUUCAGCUCUUAAAACCCACGAGCUUACGCACACCGGAGAGAAGCCUCAUCAAUGUGCCCAGUGUGGAAAAGCUUUUUCACAAAUUUCAAAUCUUAAAACCCACAUGAGAGUACACAUUAGAGAGAAGCCUCAUGAAUGUACCCAGUGUGGAAAAGCUUUUACACGAAAUUCAACUCUUAAAAGCCAUAUGCUAAUACACACUGGAGAGAAGCCUCAUGAGUGUGGAAAAGCAUUUGACAGGUCCACAGAUAUUCUACUCUAGCAGGAGCAUAACUCGUUAUGGUUAUAGUUAUCGUUAUCAUUCUUGGUGUGAAUGGGCCUUAAUUUUUACCUUGUGCAUUUUGUUUUCUUUUUUUAUUAUGAUCUUUAUUUUUUAAACUAUUCUUUGACUAUUGCCCUUCUAUGCUUUUAUUUGUUAUUACUGUUUGCAUUUGUUCAUGUAAAGCACAUUGAAUGAUCUCUGUGUAUGAAAUGCGGUAUACCAAAUAAAACUGUGGUAUACCAAUUAUGAAAGAACAAAUAAACUGUGGUAUACCAAUUGUAACCCACAUAGCCAGCUUGCCCAUUGUGAUGUACCAAUAAUUCUUUGGUGACCCCUAGAGGGCGCACGAGACAGGUUCAAACAAUCAAAUAAUAAUAAACAACUGCUACUACAAAUUAGAGACAGACGUCGGAACGGAUAACUAACGAUACAGAAAGAAAGAAGAAGAAUAUUAAUCAAAACAAGAAUAAUAUUGACCAAACAGAAAUCAAACACAUUUCUUUUGAUCGAAAAGCUUCAAUCCUGAUAAACCAUUUCCUGAACAAAGACCUCGUUGGACCAUCGUAACAGAUCGAAACAUAUUAAUCACUUGAAUCCUGACUGGUUUUUUGAUUACCCUUUCAACCACUCCUUGACCUACGCCUUGGAUACCUCGAAUUCCCUGCUGUGAUACCCUUCCCUGGACCAUCCUCAUCGCCAUUCUUCCUUGCAAUAUUCCCAGAAAUUGAACCCCCGCCUUCAUCCACUUUCCACCCAGUGACUGUGGUAGGAUCUGGGCAAAUACACCCACACCCACGGACUGUGACAUUAAGGAAUUACAUCCACCACUAUUUUUUAUUUAAUUAUUCAUUUUGAGUGCACUCUCUUUUAUUUUUGGGGUUUAUGUUUAUUUUGUUAUUUUAAGUUCAGAGAUCUCAAGGGAAUUAUUUAAUGAAAAGUUACCUAAGUGCCGGCACUUCUGAUAAACUGAUAUUAUAGUUAUAUGUUAAGAAUUGUAUUUUUAUUGUAUAAGAAAAAGUGAUUUAACGCCAUAAGUAUAUAAAUAAAAUAAGUAGCAAUAGUAAUAAAUUGAAUAUAGAGUCAAAUAAAAUAGUAUAACAAAUAACGAUUAAAAUAGAUCAAUAAAUAAAGGGUAUAUCAAAUAGGGUUUAAAUAGACUAUAAAUAGAUUUUAAAUAGAAUAUCAAUAAUACAGUCAAAUGAAAUAGUAAAUAUAUAUAUAUAUAUAUCACAAUAGUUUUUUAUAUUUCCACUGAUACCUUAGAAUAGAAUAAUAUAUGAUUGCAUAGAGUGAAUUGAAUGAUAUUUGAAUGUUAAAAUAAAUAUAUUUUGUAUUUAAAGAAGAAUCUUUGAGAGUGGUGUGUUGUCUUGGGGUGAGUCAUUGAACUGUGGUCUAGUAAUAACCUAAGCCAGUCUCCUCUUGAACCUAGAGUUUAGAACUAGACUGUUCCCGCACAAGCACAGGCCUUCCCUCGUCGUGCGGGUUACACAAUUAUGAAAGAAAAGAACCAAAGCCUCAAUAGCUACAUUAACCAUAUACAUCUAACUACACUGGCAGAUGUUGACAUGUCAAAAAACAAAGGAGGUCUGAGAAAAAGCACUGGGCAAGUCUUCUGCAACGCAAUGACAGUGCUUUCACGCAUCAUUAAGGCUAGUUUUGAAGUCGUGGGUGUGUUUAGCUCUUUAGGGAUCUCCAAGGCCUUAAGCUGGAUGACGGCUCUGGUAAUCGACAUUCCGUCAUUACGUUUUUCAGUCACAUCAUAUCCACAUACUCUGUCAUCGAUCUGUUGGAAUCAGCCGCUUUUAGCACCGUGGAUUUUGAUGAUGACUGCAUUUUUAAGACGGUCUCUCUGGGCUCGCCAUCACGUUAUUUACCAUAUAGAUUUUAAAAUAUCUAUCAUAGCUCUUUCUCAGUUGUUGGUUAACUUGACCAACUUUUGAACCACUUUGUUUGAGACAAUCUCUUGGUCUCUCUAUCAUCCAGGAUGAAGGAUUGCUCACUUAAUUUAAAACACUUGUUACAAAAUAUCGAUAUGGCGCCAUCUAUGGGGUUUCCCUUUUUUUUGUCUAGGCCCCGAAUAUAAGAUGAUCCCACUUUUUCAGACAUAUUUUGA